AUGGUGACGGCCAGCCCAGCUGUAUCAAAACCAGGUACGGAUAAGAAAUGUGACAUUUGUGACGCGACGUUUAGCAGGCAAGAGCACCUUGUACGCCAUAUCAAGAGCCACACCCGUGAGAAGCCGUUCAAGUGCCUCAUCUGCGGGAAAGGAUUUGCUCGCCAAGAUGUCCUGAAUCGUCACCGCACAUCGCACCAGCAGGACAACGAAGAAGCACGCACGACUACGCGCUCUAGGGCAUGCAGGCAAUGUGCUACAAGCCGAGCUCGCUGCUCCCGGAGUGAUCCGUGCAGGCGGUGCAUUGAACGCAACUUGACUUGUAUCUUUCCCACAGCACGGAAACCCAAGGCUCUGGGGAUUGUCGACUCGAGGAUGGAGGGUGAUGGUAUGAGCCUGGAAGCAAUUCACCAAACAGAUGGCAGACAGGCUGAAGAUGAGACCCCGCUGCUUACGAUGGGACCUGGGACAUCCGUAAACAUCAACAGCACCAAUCUGAACGAGUGUGUCCCUGAGGGAGCAAAUGGAAACCAGUUAGCACCCAGAACUGAUGCUUGGACCCAGCGACCAGCCCUGUUUGAAGUUUCGCAGACUGUUGGCUCAGUAGAUCCCGGCACCCAGCGUAUCUAUGAAUUCAAUCCCAUCUCGGGUUUGAACGAACAGGUCAUGGAUCUACUCUCAAUGAACUGGAUGUCACCUGAUUCUGCUUCAUUUGGAUGGAACGGAGUCAUUGCCGCGCCACCCUAUGCUGACGAUGACAAGAACGAUCUAUAUAUGCCGUUUCUCUUCCCUGCCUCGGGCGCUCUGCCCGAUCCUGAUCGUGAGUGCGUGUCUGGCAAUGGUCUAGAGCCUGGCAUUGGACAACGUGACGCCAGCAUCAGCACUGCUAGCCGUUCAGCAUACACUCCCAGCAAACUUGGAUCGGAGGGAAAUAAAUCUAUGACUGGGAGCUACUACGUGGAUGGUGAUGGAUCCAGAGCGCCGUUUCGUGGUCAAACUGCUGGACAAUGGAGAGACCGACGGAUGAUGGCUACCAACGAUGCAUCGACUCCUGGAAGUAGUAUAACCAAUCACACAGACGGUGGACCAGGCGGGUUAUGGGAGGGCCCAUUGGUGAGUGUGGACGGCUAUAAUAACCUGAUACGAGAACUGGGGAGGGAGAAUUUGGUUGUCGAUACCAACUUCUUCCCGUCUUUGCAGUGUAUUGAUGCAUGCGUCCGGUCAUAUUUUGCAAAUUUUCACCCAAUAUUCCCUUUCAUUCGGAAGAAGUCUUUUUUGGAAGAGUCGAAGAAACACUGGGAGCUCCUCUUUGCAGUGGCUGUCGUUGGGUCCAAAUAUAAUGCAUCUAAUGAAGAGCCACAGCUAAGCCCAGAGUUCAUAGCUAUUCUGGACGGCAUAUCUGGCAGCCAAAUGUGCCACCAUGGACUAGCGGAAACCGGCAUCCCUUCAAUGCCAUCAUUGCAGGCGGCUAGCCUCUCGUUAAUCUGCGCGCUUCACAGUGGCAAGUCAAAGAUGACAAGGCAUGCUUUACUCGAACGGCACUACCUUGUUGAAGCUUGCAACGAAUUAAAUCUGCUAUGCAGGGAGUCUGAGGACAAUCGUAUCAACCACGACUAUAACAAACUCGUUGAGGACUGGUCAAUGAACCAGUCUCGUACAAGGACUGGCUUAAUGAUAUGGUUACUUGAUGCUAUGAUCUCAUACGAGUUCGACGUAACUCCAGUGAUGCAGUUGGUGGAUGCAAAAGUCCUCUUACCAUGUCAGGAUCAUAUAUGGGAAUACCCAUCGACAGAGAAAGUCAUUGCAGAACAAAAGUCAUCUGUCACAUUGCUAGCCGCAAUUGAAAUGUUGUACAUCGAAAAACGGCUCCCAGAUAGCCUCAGCGAAUUCAGCACUAUUUUAAUUAUCCACAGCAUUUGGCGGAGGACCAAGGAAGUCAUCAACCAGAACCGGACCCAACUGGCGAAUUGGAUUCCUAGUGCUACAAUCCAAACGCGAGAAGCCCACCAGAGCGCAUCAACAGAAACUUGGCCGCCCUCAAAUCCAAUAUUAUCAAAGUGGCGCAACAGUGCAUGUGACUGUCUAGAUAUACUGCACUGGAGAGCUAAUGCAAAGGCAGCCACCGCCGGAGGAUUGGAACAUCCUACCAUCAUGUACUUGCAUCUAUCUCGCCUGAUUUUGCUUACGCCUGUAGCGCAGAUCCAAACUUUGGCAACCAAUCCCAGGAACACCAACACCACAAAUCUCGCUGUUAACCAGGGGUAUACGGAUGCAAGCAAUCAUGUGCUGAAGUGGGCUAUGAAUGACUCUUUCAAGGCGAGGCUCGCCAUCAUUCACGCUGGCGCCUUGUUUUGGCACAUACGACGAUACUCGACAAGGAGCUUUCUGGAACCUUUUACAAUCUACAUGGCUACGCUCAUCAUCUGGGCUUACAGUGUCUCGGUGCAGUUUGCGAGACAACAGGAAGAGUUCCAAGCCGCACCUUCGAUGGAAGGGCCGCUAUCGCCUGAAGCCCAAACCGUGGCCGCUGCAUGCCAGCAACCAACAACUUCUACACAGGAUGAAGAGUUGUGUUCAGAGCUGCCCUUCUUCUUUAUCGAUCGGCCGUGUGAUGAUGAGAUGGUACAAAUGUACCUCCGCUUUGGCAAUAAGAUGUCUGCGCACAUGGCAAGAGUUGGAGUCAUAACGCAAGCCUCUGCUCCAGCCAAAAUCCUCCAAGAAGGCAUCCGACUCCUUGAAAAUGCCACGGCUGGUGGCUCGGUGUCAAUGGCCAAUGCUGGUGGGCAGGUCGUACCUGAAAUGAGCACAUGGGGGGCAGAGCGGACUUACAUGGAGGUGUUGGUUGCCUUGGCUCGGGCGAUGGAGCAGAAGCAGGCAUGA